AUUGUUUUUACAUAUGAAAUGUGGGUACACUUUUUGCCUAAAUUUUCUAUGCACUGUUUCAAUUCUUGACGUUUUGUGCGCACCGGGUAAAAGACUUAUCAACGGCUUCGCACCCGCUUCCUUCCCCGCCCGAGGUGUCCGUACCUCCCUGCUCCGCGGCAGCUGCCGCACCCUAAAAUAAGCAACUGUCCCUUCAAGACCUCACUAUGAAAUCAACACUAAGAAGGCACUACCCAUGCCUUUUCUUCGCUGCCUUUCCCCCGAACUCAGCAAUCACAGGGUAGUCUUCCAUGCCUACACGCCUUUUCACUGUUUCAGCCUGCUUUUCCAGAUUUCCCACUCCCUUCACAGCUGCUCACACACGCCACCUCCCAUCAAUGGUACCUCCUGCUUUGCUCCCCUCGAUUCAGGGAAGAUUGAAAUCCUCUGGAUCGCCCUUUCCACUUCAUCUUCACUUCCUGUUUAGUUCUUUUGUUGCUCUCUUCCCGUUUUCAGCCAUACCCCUUCAACCAAACCUCUCAUCUACUCUUACCUCUCCUGGUUACCACCAUGAAUCAUGUUGCCCUUUCGAAGUUAGAGUGGACGGACAAAGCUCCUGCCCUCAAAUUACGGCUCCUCCAUACAUGGAUGGCUGGAAACCCCUCCCGCCCCGAAGGAUUCUCCGAGUACUCGACAUUAUGGACAGACAAAUCGGGAGUGCUGGUGCAGGGACUUGCACCCAGGAAUCUCUCGGGUCAACUGAAAGAAGUCAUUGUUGUUGGGAAGAUUUACUUCGUCACACACUUUUCCCAGCGUGAGUCCAGAAAGCGUUGGGCGCCCUGCUCCAAUCCCCGUCUCCUCUAUUUUACUUCCAUCACUUCUUUCAUCCCCUCCGAUGAAGAUGACUCGAGCUUUUGUCCGGAUAGCUUUGAGUUCCGCCAGUUCGAGGACCUCCACGGCAUCGCUUCUCGGGACGAAUGCUUAGUUGAUGUUGUUGGCCGGCUGGUCUCUGCAACGCCUGUCACCUAUUUCCAGAAACAGGAUCGGUCGAUCAAAAGGCAGACUAUUGUCCUUCAAAAUGAGCGCGAAACCUCCCUCUCAGUGACUUUGUGGGCGGAGUUCACUGACAGGUUGCCCGUUGCGGAACUCAUUUAGAUGGAUGGAACUGCACCUAUUAUUGUGGCAUUUACUAGCUUGAAUCUCUCUAUUUGGCGUGGGAAUGUUGGUGCAUCCAAUACAUCCGCAACUCGCAUUGUCAUCUUGCCACCAGUUCCACAAGCUCAGUCGCUCGCCUUACAUUUUGGUGAUGUUGUUGGGACUAUUGGUGUCGUUCCAACUGAAUAUGACACUCCUGAGAAGGCUGUUAUAGUAUACCGUGAAUCCUUCAAAACGAUUCCCGAGCUUCAAAUUGUUCAGUCAACUUCUACCAUGGGGGGAAAGUUCCGCUGCAAGGGCAAGAUAAUCGACAUAGAUAUGUCGCGCGAUUGGUGCUACCUCGGGUGUGCUGUGUGCUGUAAAGCUGCUGUGAGGCGUGAUGCCCCAUUUUGGUGUGAAAAGUGCGAUGCUACAGUUCAUCCACAUCAGCUCAAACAAUGCUUUCGUGUCCGGCUCAUGCUCCACGACGGUUCUGCAUUCGCACCAUUCGUGGUCCUCGGCCAAACUGCAGAAACCCUGUUGGGGGUAUCAGCCAGUGCAUUGUUUGCUGCUGCCCCAGAUCGCGGAGGCGGGUAUCCUCCAGAGAUAGAAUGCUUGAUUGGCAAAGACUAUACCUUCCUGGUUAACCUUCCUGUGGGCCAGGUUUCGGACCCAAUGGAAGACUUUGUUGUAUUCGGUGUUGAGAAGGAUGAACAACCCAUCUCCGCAGGUAAGAAACAGUAUGGGCCGUGCUUCCAGAAAAGAAUUGCAAGCACCAUUGCCACUGUUGCAGAGAUUAUGCCUGCUAGCCAGCAAACAUCUUUGGCCAGCUCUUCUAUGACAGUUUGCGGAUCACCCACCAAACGUCUCCGAGACACUAAUUCAAGCAUCUCCAUGAUUGCCGAGCCUGUUACUGAGGAGACCAAGGAGUUCAGGGCCCCGCGUCCAAUGCAGACCUUAGACAUGAGCAAAUUUGUUGGCCCUUCGGUAGCCGCGGCUUUCAAUUCGGUCCUCUCAGCUGCAAAUACGCCAGCAACACCUAUUAAGCCUCCAGAGAGUUCUACCACUGGCAGGGUACUUUCCAACCUCCAGUCACCCGUCUCAGCUGGUCUAAGUUCUCCACUGGAAGGUAUCACCAUUGCCACCCCAUCAUCCAGUAACAAGAAGAAAGAGAAAAUAGGUGACGUUGACCAACUGGAAUCGCACCAACUGCUGUCACGGUGUGUUUGUUGCCUUCCUUACCUCCAAUCUUUCCUACAACUUCAUUUCUUAUUGUCAGAUUUGUGGUCUCAUCAGGCUUAUUGUUUUCACUCAAACCUAGCACCAAUGAUGCUCCUGGUUCUAUUGGAAUGGGAAAGGGCAAUGUCCAUAAGAAACCAUUGUCAUCUGCAGCUCUGGCAAAAAUCAUCCCACCUUCUAUGUUGCCCAUUAACCCGUUAGCCUCUUUCUUGCCUGUUGACUACACUGACCUUACUUUUAGUUACAUGUUUAAUUUGAUUGCUUAUUACAUCCAUUAUCUCCUUUCUUACUUCAGCCUCGAUCAACCUCUUGCAAAGGUGAAGCUCGAGAAGUUAGAGUCCUCACAGAAGAAAAGGAAGAAGAACUCCAAGGAUUCUGACGAGCUGUCCAUCUCUCACCUGAAGGCAAGGGUAUCUAAGAGUAAAGUUGUGGUCAAGAAACUAUUCUAGGCAUAGAACUAUCCUACCUUUUGUGUCCGUGUUUUGUGCCCUCCAUCCUGUCUGGCUGUUUAGUGGUCUGAUUGCACCGAUCCUUCACUAUCCCGGGUCGUCCAGUGGCAUAAUUAUCAACCAUGUUUGUCGUUUCAUGUUGCUAAAACAAUCUUUUGUUCAAGGAUGACUGCUUCUCUCUCAUUGUAGUUGUAAUGAACCCUCAUGCCUGUGCAGUGUGACUAUUAUCAAUCUAAUUAUUCAGUUCAACCUUAUUAGCCAA